AUGGAAGAGCGCGAAUACCAGCUGCCCGCAUGUCAAAAGUGCAAACUGCGUAAGGUCAAAUGCGACAGGCAAGCACCCAAAUGCACAAGCUGUCGGAAGGGGAACAUCGCCUGCAUUAUCGUCGAUCCCAUCACUGGUGAGCAGUAUGCACGUGCCUACAUCCGGCAGCUGGAAGAGAAGGAACUCAGUCUGCAGCGAAGGCUGGGCGAUCUUGACGAUACGGGUGUCGUGACGCCAGCCUCCACCGAGAGAUCUGACGCCGCCAAUCAGACACCAACAGGUCCCGAGACGGCGACGAGCUCGGGGACUCAGAGCGGAUUUGUUGGCGAUGGCAGCGGUUUGGGCUUCUUACAGAACAUCCUUUCUGACACCAAAUGGCAACACCAUCGCGCACAAAUCCUCGAGCAACUAGCGAAGCGCCCUCGCAUUGCUAAGUAUCGACCCGUCGCUCGAGCGCUACCACCACCUGCGCAAGCACAACUGUUGAUAUUCUGGGAGUGCUACGUCCACGACCGCUACAGCUCAGGCAUAUUAGGUCGUCCUUUCGCUCUUCUCGAGUCGGAAAUAAGCAUGCCAUUACCAAUAGAUGCUGACGACGAAACAAUCGAAACAUCAGGUGCUGGUGUACUUGAGGAAGUUCCCAAUAUUACGAACGUUCAUCCAAGCGAGCUAUCAGUCAACUUGUUUUGCAUCAAGCUGCGACGGCUAAGCUCUCGGGUGCACACUGCCUUUUACGCUGGUCGAAAGCCCGCCUCACACCAUAGUGGAGACAACACUCGCACGCCCGGAUACCACUCGAUAGGCCACAUAUACUCAUCGUUCUCGCAAUUCGACAAAGAUCUCCGUGCAUUGCGAUCAUCAGUACCAGUCUUCGUAGACCCCAAAUGUCUGUACGAGCGUACUGAAUGGCAUGACUUCAUGUACGAGAAGGACCGCCUCCUGCUUGCCCGUGGCGCCAUGCACAACCUACCAGCGCGGCAGUUUUCCGGAACGUCCAUCGUAAAGGAGAUACUGAAAGCGUGCUAUCAAUCAGCGAUACAUACAAUACAACUGUAUGCAGACCUUCGAAGCAAGAAUGCCAUCACUUGGACACGCAGCUACUUUCAGAUGAUCUUUACUGCAGGUCUUACUGUCAUCUAUUGCAUUAUCCUGGGGGUCUUGACCGACAAUGACGAGCUCUCUGUCACUCAUACCGAAGCCCUGCCAACACUGAACACUUGCAGUGCGUUGUUGAACUACUUCAAAGACAAAAUGCCAGACGCAGGUUCUUUCGCCACUGCCUUCACCGUCAUACUAGCAGAGUUCGUCAAAGAUCGGUUUGCAUCUGCAUUACAGGUGUCAGAAAAUGUCCCCGUAAACCCAACCCAGCCAAUUCAUCAACUGCUUCCAGCCCAUGAUACGCAAGUCUAUCCCAAUCACCUCCUCAAUGCGGGUUCGCUGCAUCUGAGCGUAGACACCAUCACUGCAGAUCACUCUCAAUCGGUUGGCGAGCAGCAAGAACGGGUAAAUCUGGAUCACUUGAUGCUUGGAGACUUUCCUGACCUUCCAAAUAACCAAGGUUCGCAAGACUUUGGCAUGGGUCUGACUGAUGACCUUAUGAACCAACUUGAAUACGGGUUGGGCGAGUACGCAUGGGGCUCGUUGAACACUAACGUAGACUAUUGGGAUUCUUUCUCCUACAAUUAA